AUGGACCACCACCAGCAGCAGAAACAGCAGCAACAGAAACAGCAGCAACAGAAACAGCAGCAGCAAAUACAGCAGCAUGACAAGGGACAGGACAGCAUGAAGCUGUUCAGAUCGGGUCUUGCAGGUGCGCAGGAUGAUGAUGACCUCUGCCACGAGUGGCACAAGUUCUCCUCCGAGGUAAAUGGGGAAUCGUUGACGAACUCACUUGACACAGCACUGGCAUACGAUAAACCAGGGGCAGUGGAGGGACCUUCCCAGGUUUCAAAACCGAAUUCCAUCCGGUCUCGCCGAACGGUGUGUGGUUUCUUUUCCUCAAAUCAACCACCACCCGUUAAGCAGAUGAACGUUCGACUUCCCGAGCUGGAUCUCCCGAAGUUCAGUGGUCGUUUGGAGGACUGGUGCGUCUUUCGUGAUUCCUUCGAAUCAGCUGUAGGUUCCCGGAGUGACAACGGCGCAGUCGAGAAGAUGCACUAUCUCAAGGGUCUCGUCCAAGGAGAAGCAGCAAGCACCCUCGACCCGAUUAAAGUCAGCGAGCAGGGCUACAAGGACGCUUGGAGGACACUCAAGCUUCGGUUCGAGAAUAAGCGGCACCUCAUCAAGUGUCACUUAAAGACGCUGUUCGACACUCCGGCGAUGCGCGAGGAAUCAUCCGAGUGA